GAUAACUUCAACCCCCUCCAAUUCCCUCACCUACACACUCUCCCGUCAUACACCAUGUUAGACGUCAACGACUUCAUCGCCGAGCGCGGCGGCAAUCCUGACAAGAUUCGAGAGAGCCAGCGGAAGAGACAUGCGAGUGUCGAGAUUGUGGACGAGAUUAUUAAGGAUUUUGAGGUCCAUCGGCAGACUCAAUAUGCUGCCACACAAAUCGGCUCGCAAAUCAAUGGCCUCCAAAAACAAGUCGGACAAAAAAAGAAAGCGAAGGAAAGCGCCGACGAGCUCCUCGCAGAAAUGGCCGCCCUUAAGGAAUUAAAGAAGAAAAAAGAAGACGAAGCCGCCGAGCUCCUCGUUAAACUCCACAUCAAAGUUAAAUCCGUCGGAAACUACGUCCACGACAGCGUACCCGUUUCUGACAAUGAAGACAACAACGCCGUGUACCGAAAAUGGGCGCCAGAUGGUGUCACAGUUUCGCAUAUGGAAGCCGGGAUUCCGCAUCAUGGAGUUUUGGCCCGACUGGCGGGAUACGAUCCCGAGAGGGGAGUCAAGAUUGUCGGACAUAGGGGGUAUUGUCUCACGGGAUAUGGCCUAUUUCUCAACCUUGCGUUGAUUAAUUAUGGGCUGGAGUUUUUGUUCAAUAAGGGGUACACGCCAAAUCAGCCGCCCUUUUUCAUGCUGAGGGAUCAGAUGGCCAAGACGGCUCAACUAUCGGAUUUCGAUGAGGAGUUGUAUAAGGUUACGGAGAGUAAGGAUAAGCCCGAGACGGAUAAGUAUCUGAUCGCAACCUCAGAACAACCUAUCAGCGCGCUCCACUCGGAAGAAUGGCUCGGCGAAAAAGACCUCCCAAUCAAAUACGCAGGCUAUUCAACCAACUUCCGGAAAGAAGCCGGGUCGCACGGCAAAGAUGCAUGGGGAAUCUUCCGGAUCCAUCAGUUUGAGAAGGUCGAGCAAUUCCUCAUCACAAAGCCCGAGAAAUCGUGGGAGGCGUUCGAGCAGAUGAUUGCCACGAGUGAGGAGUUUUAUCAGAGCCUGGGGUUGCCGUAUCGGGUUGUAGGGAUUGUUAGUGGCGCUUUGAAUAAUGCGGCGUCCAAGAAACUCGAUCUCGAAGCCUGGUUCCCCGUCACUGGUGGUGGGGAGUACAAGGAACUCGUGUCUUGUAGCAACUGCACAGACUACCAGACGCGAGAGUUGGAGAUUCGGUUUGGGGUGAAGAAGCAGACGGCUACGCGUAAGGAGUAUGUUCAUGCUCUUAACGGAACGUUAUGUGCCACAGAACGGACCCUUUGCUGUCUCCUCGAGAACUUCCAAACCCCUGAGGGUUUCAAUGUGCCUAAGGUGCUGCAAAAGUAUAUCCCGGGUCAACCGGAAUUCUUGCCGUUCGUCAAGGAGUGGAAACCUGAAAAGGUGAUUCCGGAUCGGACUAAGUGAGGGCUAACAAGCGGGGGACGCUGUAGCAUGUGCUUGGAAUUGUUGUGGGCUGUUUUGAGGACGACGGGGAGGGGUGUUGGGGAUCUUGAUGCAUUUCAUUACGCCAGGCUGGUGGCUAGAAGAGCUUGAUACGAAAGGGAGAGAUACAGGGGGGAGCGUGAGACGAAUGAAGGGACCCUUAGAUACACCAUACCACACCAUACCAUACCACAGCCAAGGAGGGGGCUGGAAAAGCAUUCGGAAUUCGGCAUUCAUUGGCUCCCUCAGAUAGAGGUCCGCGAUAG